AUGGGUCUAUUGCACCAUCACAAGGGCGGAGAUCACGAUUCUGGCGAAAGCGAAAACUCCACCACAGACAUUCCUCUGCCAUUGUCAACCAAGUCAUCGGACAUCAACCCGACCAAAGACCCCACGGCGCCCACGACCGUAAGUCAGCACACCAAGUCCGCGAAAAUCACAUCACAGGUGACCACAGAAUCCACCACCGAGGAGGGUUCAUCUGGCACUACUAGUCGCACAAGCAUAUUCGAUUCCAGAGGACCUCAAUCCGUGACUUCGACAUCAGAUCCUACUCCAACGACGACAGUGAAAGAGAACGAUAACGGCAGCAACGGCAGCGGCCUCGCAAAGCUCACCAACGUCGUCAAGGGAACCAAGCUGACAGGACUGAUUUCGUCGGAAAGCACAACGGCACCGACUAGCUUGAUAACUUCAACUACGCCUGCUGGCUUGGAUCCGACUUCUAAGAGCGCGACAACGUCGGCGGGCUGUUCCCCUGCUCCACCAUACCCUUACCCCGGCAGUACCGCGACUGCAAUGUCACAUGCAUCGAACUGCGCUACGCAGAUGACAAUCGAUCACCAAACUGCCAAAAUCCACGCAAUGACAGGUACAAUCGUGGCACUAUCCCUGGUGAUUGUACUGGGGCCUUUGAUCGCGUGGGAAUUCUGGAAGAAGCUCAAGCGACCGAGAACGCAAGGGCAAUCUGAGGCCAUGCUCAACGGGAGUCGAAAAGCUGACAUCGCAAGGCCACGACCAGCGUUCUUCCGGAACAGCACAUUUGAUAGAACGCAACAGAAUGGAAGAAGCAAGGAGCUCCGGGCGCAAGAUCGAAUAUCGACGUUGGUAGAAAUGGAAAUGUCGGAAAUCUAUCCCAGACGCCGACCGCCUCCUCCACCUCCACCUCCGACGGCACCACAAGCAGAUCCUCUGCCGCAUGGCAUGCCAGUAUCUUCUCCACAAGCGGAUCUUGCGACAAAUGCUAGAGCUUCGUCGGCCGCAAAUGCGAUUGCGAAGUACAUCAGGGGUGGCGGCAGACCAGCAAGCUCAGUCUACUCCCGUCGCACGAACUCGUGA